GAUUGUUUGCACACUAAAACCAUGAAUUAUUCGCCAAAAAUCUUGUUUUAUAAUUAUUCCAAAGACAGCGUUUAAGAGGUUUGCGGAAGUGGACGCGAACUACAUGUCCCGCGCCGACGCGUCGUGAACUCCAGGCAGUGUAAACAGUACUCCAGGAACAUGAAGAGAUCGGAUGACAGUGAGAGGGAAAAGAGGAGAAAGAGGCGUAGGCUCCUACAGGAACUUGGCGAGCAGAAGAUCCCCUUCCUGUCUCCCUCUGAUCCCGGCUUCCAGCAGCUAUGGGACACCAGUUAUUCGGGACUGAUGUUGCGGCGCUCGGGCAGCCUUCCCCCGGGCCUGGACGAGCGUGUUCAAUCUGCACUGAGCACUCUGCGUGACCGAGGCUGCCUCCUGAGGGAUCUGGUGCGUGUGCGAGAGCGCGAUGUGUUCACGGCCGUGUCGCGUGCCCUCGUUGGCCAGCCCGGGUGCACCUACCGCUACCUGGACACCCGUCUCUUCACCAUCCCCUGGCACUGUGAGGAAGACGAGGGCCUGGGACGUAACGAAGGCCUUGGAGACAAACCCUGCUGUGAUGCCGGGCUGAGAGCCGCCUGCAAGGCCUUAUGGGAGCUGAACCAGUUCUUCUGCUCUGACGUGCAGCAGCAUCAGAACGCCCGGGCCAGCAAACGCAAGCGCAGCGAAGCAGAAGAGGAGGAAGGAAAAGAAAAGGCCAAAAGUGAAGGAUGUUCCGAGGAUCGAACUUGCGAAGAGAAGGAAGAGAGGAAGGCGGGAGAAGAUUCAGAUAGCGGACAGGGUUGCUCUCGCUCGUCUCCUCAUUCUUCAAAGUCAGGCCCGAUCCGGUUUAACAUCACGCUCAUUAACUACAUGGACCCGGCCAGCAUGAGCCAGCUGAAGGAGGAGCCGUAUUACGGCAUGGGAAAGAUGGCAGUUGGAUGGCACCAUGAUGAGAACCUCGUUCCUCUUUCGCCUGUCGCUGUUUACAGCUACAGCUGCCCGGGAGAGACCAAGACUGAAGUAAAACCAGCUGAGGAGAAAGAGGGACAGACAUCAAAUGAAGGAGAAAAAGGAGAUGAAGAAGGAGGGAGCCGAGAAGAAGAGGAAGAAGCAGGGGAUGAGGGAACGAGUAAAGAGGAAGGAGAGAAAGAGAAGGCAUGCUGGCGUGUGGGGUUGAAGGUGGCCUGGGACAUCCACACACCAGGGUUAGCCCUGCCGCUGCAGUCUGGAGACUGCUAUUACAUGACAGAUGAUCUGAACAGGACACACCAGCAUUGCGUACUGGCAGGAGACACGGCCAGAUUCAGCUCGACACAUAGAGUUGCACAGUGCAUAACAGGCACUUUGGAGUACAUCCAGAAACGCUGCUCUGAAGCUCUGGAGAACUUGCACACAGAUCCCGAGACUGGCGCAAAGAGUCUGCGCUCGCUUCUCCUCUCCACCCUACAGCACAUAGAGGACAUCCAUAAUGAGGUGGAGUUUGAAUGGCUGAGGCAGUAUUGGUUCCAGGGCCGGCGUUAUGCUCGUUUCUGCAGCUGGUGGAGUAAACCAAUGGAGCGUCUGGAGACUGACUGGAAGCAGAUGGAGAGGAUGACUGAGCUGCUGCUGGCGGUGGUGGAGGAUGAGAGCAACGUUCAGGAGAACAGACAGGAGAUGGCUGAGACUCUGCUCAACGCUCUGAGUGACAGACAGCAGCAUAGGCAGACCUGGAGGGACAGAUGUCAGUCGAGCCUGGCACAGACUCUACCCCCUGAGGAAGCGCCUGUCGACCGACCGUAUUGGACCAGCGACGACCCCGAAAUGCCCCUGCCUUUUGACCUCUCCGACAUCAUCAGUCGGGUGGAGUCACUGCUCUGGAGGAUGUGAAGAUUUUGUCAGACAAUGACAGAGAGAGGCAGAUGAAAGACAGAAAGCGAUUGAGGUACCAGGAGUGGGCACAGGUGAUACAGGAACUGCACUUACCUGGGGAUGAGCACUCACACACACACAUGCACACACACGUGCACGCACGCACAUGCACACACACACACACACGUGCACACACACACACACACACAUACACUCACACACACACACCAACCAGGAGACUCCAACACCGGAUUGAUGAACGGAUGGAAAAGAAGAAUGGAACUAGGAUGAGACUCGGAGUUCUUUUUAAUCUUUCUCAUAUCUUCCUUCAUGGCCGUUUAAUGUUUAGUGUUACGAUGAGAACGCAUUUAAACAUUUCAGCAGUAGCUUUCAGAAACCUAGUCAUCCAGCUGUGUACGAUUUUAUUCAUGUUCACGUAGUGUCUUUUAACAAGCCGUGUCUGUCCUGCAUCACAUAUACAGUAUACACAAUGCGCUUCACAAUGCAUUUACUGCUAGUUAUCUGAAGAUACGGAGAGGGUCCCAGCCACCAAGAUGGGAGGGAGGUCAUGUGACUGAUGUCUGAUGAUGUCAUUAAGUGUCAUGGCAUGCUGUAGUUUUCAGUCUUGUGUGUCAGUAUUGUUGAUGACAACUGUGUGUUUGCUUUUGUCUGCAAGUGUAUGUGCGUGUGAACUUGUGUACACAGGAGUGUAUGGGUGUGUUCAUGUGCGUAUGAAAGUGGCAGUGAGGAUGUGUACCUGUUAGUAUACAUGUUCCUGUGUGCGUGUGUGUGCGUGUGUGCGCGUCGGACGAUAUUGUAUUGUCACUAAGUACAUCUCAGAGUGUGUGGGGGGGAGAGGGGGUGAUGGUGUGUGUGUGUGUGUGAUCAUUAUGUUUAAUAAUUUUAUUGUCACUAAAUUCAUCUCAAUAAGGGGUGUCAGUGAAUUUGUGUGUGUGUGUGUGUGUGUGUGUGUGCUUGUGUGUGUGCGUGGGUGUGUGUCACUCAGUGUGAGAAAGAUGCUGAGGAUGUCUGUUCAUGUGCCGUUAGUAUGAACAUGAGCACGUACCACGUUUUCGUGUGUGUGUAUGUGUGUGGCAGUGAGUACACCUGCGCUUAGUAUAUUUUAUUUUUAGUAUUGAUUUCAUCUCAGCAUGUUUGUUUGUGUGUGUGUGUGUGUGUGUGUGUGUGUGUGUAUGUGUGUGUUGUCAGUCAGUGUGAGAAAGGCCCGUGCAUGUGUUGUUAGUAUGAGCGUGAACAUGUGCCACGUAUUUGUGUGUGUGUGUGUGGGUGGCAGUGAGUAUGCCUGUGCUUAAUAUUUUUUUUAUUUUUAGUAUUGAUUUCAUCUCAGCAUGUUUGUGUGUGUGUGUGUGUGUGUGUGUGUGUGUGUGUGUCUGUGUUUCAUGAUCGUAUGAGUGUAAAAUGCUGGUGUCCUUUCUGUAAAGCUAUGUUCGCAUAGUUUAAAAAGAAAAGAGUUGGAGGCCACUCCUCUACUUCACUAUGACUGACAGGCACAGGCCACACCUCUUUUACUGGGACCAACAUGGAGAGACAAGUAGGAAAAGAGUGUGAUAUCUUUUGUACACUUUUCUGGCCACAAGCUUCAGGAUCUUGAAGCUCGCAAUCUGAUUGGCUCUCCACAUUUCUGUGUGGCAGUUUCAGUGGGAAAACAGUGCAACAUAGUUAACAUUUCGGAGCAGGAUACAGUCACCGGGCUCCAAAAAGUAGUUGGAAUCCCGUCUGUAAAAAUGAUCAGUUAGUGUCUUGUGAAGCAGUUAGGCCCUGUCUACAUGUAUCCGGAUAUUUUUUUUUUGAAAGCAUAGUUUUUACCCCUCCUCCAUUUUAAUAAAACGAAUAGCAUUUUCGAUGGAAAUAACUCCAUCGACACGAAACCAGUUUGAAAACGCUCACAUGAGCACGCUAGCCCAGUGAGUGUACCUCAUAAACUGUUGUCUCAAACUCCUCAAGAAUAAAGUUAAAAGUGUUUGAGUGGGAGAGAAGUCGAAAUUCGGAAAAACCACCAAAACACAGAAAGAUCCAAAAUGAGAAAUGACAAACACAAGGAUUCACAUGUUGACUAACGAUGAGGUGGAACUACUGCUUACAGUUACAUUUUAAUAAAAAGUGUUCGCCCAGGUGUUGUAGAAAAUCAACUUGUAGUACUGGAGCGGUGGAUUCAGGAGUAGUACAGCUCAUAUCAUACUCAUAAUAAUAAAUAUAGCAAAUAAGAAAAUACAGACCACAAGGUAAGAACCAGGUCAGAAUCCAUGAUAAAUGGAGUCCUAGCACAUUCAUAAUGCAUGCAAAAUCUUAAUGGGCGUGCACAGCUUGACACUGUGAUAUCAGCAUUUAAAAAAUAUAUAUAUAUAUAUAUACUUUUUUAAUCAAAACCAUUCAUUUUUCCAUCAUAAUAAACAAAAUUCUUCACCUUGGAGGGUGUUUUCAAAAAUCUUUGUUUUCAGAGACCUCAGAAAAACAUUUUUUGUGGACAGAGCCCAAAAAAUUUUGAAAUAUACAUGUGGGCGGGGUCUCAGCGAUGUUUAAACGAGAUAGUCUCAUACUGGCCAUUGCAGUGCGGGAAAACGUCUGUGAUUGGUCUUCGGUCAUGUCAGUCAGAUUGCCUCUUUCUGUGAAAGUAGGUGGUUCCUGGUUGCAUUUAUUGACAAAAAGUACAAAACUCUUUAGUGAAGCUAGAGGUCUGGUUUGCGAGGCUAACCAAUACGAAACGUCUGUGUUGAUUCAUUUGGGAUUCAAGUCCAGAGCACUGAUUCAAAUCAGUGAAUCUUCACAGCAGUUUGGUUCUCUAUCUUAGAAAGUACAAAAUUCAUGAGACCUUUCAUCUUAAACCAUGUAAACAUAGCUCAAUGAGUUUGUGCAUGAGUGUGUGUGUGUGUGUGUGUGUGUCCUCCCAGGCUGAUUAGUGUUGAUAGGCAGCUCGGACUGAAUCCUUCACUUCCUGCUUUGCGUAACUCGAACAGCCUGUCCACUCGCUUCCACUCUCUCUCUGCUCUCUCUGCUGCCGGCUGAGGAAGGAACACAGUCAUCUCCACACAACUGAAAACCAGAGACGCAUUGCACUAAACCAUGGUGAAACGAAUGAAGGAUGGAGGGAGAGUAGUGGAUAUCCUGUAGAGGAGAGAAGCACAAGAAAAAAAAAGAGCUAGAACAUCGAAACAAGCCGAGAAUGAAAGGAAGAGGAUGAUUGUUGAAGCCAAGCAGCCUUCUUUUUUUUGUUGUUUUUUUUAAAGAGCUUUUUAUUCUAUGUCGUCAGUGUUACAGUAGAUCACCUGUAUUAUGAUCUUUGAUUCAGAGGCUUAAAAUGUGUUUUAUACUUCCGAGGUUUUAGAGAUGUUGCCAAAUAUUGUGUUGCUGCGAUAAUGCUGUAUUGAUUGUAUGUAAUUUUUUAAAGUGUUUAUUUUAUUUUUCUCUUUUUUUUGCUUUCUGUGUUGUACCAAAUUCUUUCUUUAGUGCUCAAGGCCUACUGCAUUUCUGAAAGCAUUGUGUGUGCAAAGCACUAGCGAUAAUAGAAAAUAAAAAAAAGAUGCUGUUUUA